GUUAACGUAAUAUUUACAACAAACCAUUUAAAUAGUAUUUAAAGCAUUGUUUUGACGACAUUUAUAAACAUUAAUAGCAUUUAAAUCUAAUUUCAUUAUUGUCUUCAUUUGGGAUCAAUUGAUGAACUGAUGGGCAAAACCAAGGACUCCGUGGCCUCAUUAGGCAAACAACUGAUUAAAGACAAACAAAAAGGGUUUUCUAAACAUCUCAACACAAGUCAGAGACAUGUCUUAGACUUUGAUGACUCAAAAAAUAGCAAAAUAGAGACAACAACUCUUGAGGAGUUUAUGACCAAUGCUCAUAUGGCUAACAUUGAAUUUACUGCAGAACGACAAGGAAUUAAAAUAAUAGAUCCAAAUCAAAGACAAAUUGCUAAUAAAAUGGUUGAAAUUGAUAAUGAAGAGAAAUCAGAAGCAAUUUUAAUCCCUCGACGACCCAAAUGGGAUGAGACAACCACUGCUGAAGAUUUGAAUCAAUUAGAGUACGACAAGUAUUUAGAGUGGAGAAGACAUUUGGCUGUCAUCCAGGAAUCCGAGGACAUAGUUAUGACACCAUUUGAGAAAAAUAUUGAGUUUUGGCGCCAACUUUGGAGAGUUGUUGAGAGGAGUGAUGUUUGCGUUCAAAUACUGGACGCUAGAAAUCCAUUACUAUUUGUUUCUGAAGAUCUUCAGAAAUAUGUCAAAGAAGUUGAUGAACGCAAAGAAAAUGUGAUUUUAUUAAAUAAAUCUGAUUUUCUAAGCGAAACUCAGCGUCAAAUUUGGGCCAAACAUUUUGACUUAAAGAAUAUGAAAGCACUUUUCUUCUCAGCUAAAGAACAGCUGGAAUGUGACGAAGAUAUUGCUUGUGAUGAAGAUAUUGAUGACAUAAUAAAUUCAAGACAUAAUUCGAGUAAACUAUUAAAUCGUGAACAACUGAUUGACUUUUUUAAAUCAUUUCGACUCAAAAACUCGUCGGAACCGAUAACUAUAGGUCUGGUCGGGUAUCCAAAUGUCGGCAAAUCUUCAACUAUUAAUGCCAUUCUUCAGUCCAAAAGAGUUUCUGUUUCUGCAACGCCUGGAAAGACUAAACAUUUUCAGACUUUAAUUUUAGACAAUGAGCUGACAUUAUGUGAUUGUCCCGGACUUGUCUUUCCUAAUAUAGUCUCGAGUAAGGCUGAAAUGAUUGUUAACGGUAUAUUACCCAUAGACCAACUGAAAGACCCGAUUCCUCCCACAUCUAUCCUCACAAAUCUAAUCCCACGAUACGUCUUUGAAAGCCAUUACACAAUCUGUUUGCCGAAACCGACGGAAUAUGAAGAUGAAAAUCGAUUCGUAACUCCCGAAGAAUUAUUAACAACAUAUGGAUUUUCCAGAGGUUUUAUGACUCAGAGAGGAAUUCCUGACAACUGUCGGUCAGCGCGUUAUAUAUUAAAAGAUUUCGUAUCGGGAAAACUCAACUAUUGCUUCGCUCCUCCAGAUUAUAACCAAAAGGUUUUCCAUGUGUUUCCUGAAAACCAAAAUAAAUCAAAUCUUCAGAUGCCUUCAGCUCUCAAAAGGAUUCUAGAGAGCAGUCAAAUCACUAAAAAAUCUCCACAAGAUUUCAAUGACUUAUACUUUGGCGCUAAAAAUGCCGGAAUUCAUACUAAAGGAGUAGUUCCAGGUAUUCGUACGCAACAACAAAAUGGUUCCGUAACUGAAGUGACCUCAAAACCGUGGAAAAAACAUAACAAUCGCAACAAAAAAGAAAAGUUAAGACGAGUUUACGCUCAUUUGGAUCAAUAAAUCAAUUAAAUAUGAUAUAUAUUACUGUAUAUGACUAUUA